AUAACUUAUAGUGAUUUAUUUAGCUAAUCUUGUGUUAUUGUAAACCACAACGGCCAUGAAUAUAAAGCUAUAAGAAAGUAACGAGGAGUAUUUCAGCUGUUACAGUAAACAGAAGAAUACGAUCAAACCUGCCAGAUUGAAUCUUAACAGUUUCUCAAUAUCAGAUAUUAUAAUAACUGAUCUACGAUGGAAGCCGAAUAUUUGAAGAAUGGAGAACAAAUUUUCAAAUAAUACUGCUUAACAGCUAAAAACCAGCCUACAAUGCUUCCAAGAGCUCCAGAGCAGACCUACAUAGACAGAUAUCCAGAAGAAGAUCAACCAGCUGGUCCAAGCUUUACAGAUGACAGACGACAUCAGUCAGACUAUGAGACCGAGGUUAAAAUGUAUAGGGCUUCAGAAUUAGGGUUAGAUAAAAACUUUAUUGUUCUUCACAGUUUUAUUUACACACACGAUCAGUAUUGCCUGUGUGCAGGUAAAAGCCAUGUUAGGAACAGAAAAACGUGUAACAAGUGCAAGAAUCUGUUUAGCAAGGAAGGCGAGUGCGAUUUUAUCAUCAUUUGUCCGGACAGUUUCAUUGUUAUCGAGGUGAAGAACAUGGAGCAUGUUGAUAGAGAGAUGAUGGAAUGUGAACCAGACUUCCACUUGUGUUCUAUUGGCGAGGACCGGCAACCUGAGUGCACAACUAGAAAAUUGGAGGCAUUGAUUGGUACGUACAGGAAGUCAGCUGAGCAAAGAAGCAAGAUAGUGGAACUGAUCAAGUGUAUUGACAAGGACGCAACUAUUCUUCAGUUUACAGCGUACCCUAAUUUUAGUAAACAGUUUAAAGAACAGUUUCAAUUUAGUGAGUUGACAGAAUUCCGGUUAAGUGAUAAUGAACUGUCGACUAUUAUAUUUGAAGAGGACCUUUGUCGCAACAAAUUAGAUUUUUCAAAGAAAUCCUCGAUAAACUCGGCGACAAGUUAUUUUUCUCGUAUAGUAAGCUGCUUUUCUCGCUGCUGCAAUAAAACCACUGACACAGAUGACACGAGCAGUGAAGAAGAAGUACUAUCUGACUCAGACAAUAAUCAAUCAAACAGGGAAUUAGUUAAAACAGAUGAGGACGUGUCUAAUUUUGAUGCUUGGUGGGCAGAAAAUGUAACUCAGGCCAUAUCAUCUAUAAGAAUAGUUUCUGAAGAAACAGUAUCAAAUACAGAAAUACCAAUAUCUGGAUACAAUCAGAAUUCUCAUGAGAAAGCAAGAAACAUUUUACUAGCCAUAUGGGCCACAGACAAUAACAAAUGUGAUCAAUCCAAGUGCAGUUUAGGACGUUGUAUUAUGGAUGUCAACAAACAACUUAAGGAAGGUCGCAUUACUUUUGAGCCUAAAAAAGGUAAAAAACGUUAUCAAAAUCCCGCAGUUGUCAAAGCUCCCGAUGUUAUCAAAAACAAUUCUAAUGUGGAAAACCUAACAGUAGAACAACACAAUGCUUUUGAGUCAAAAGAGAAUUUGUUGUUGAUUAACGGACCCGCAGGGGCGGGCAAAACUGUCAUAUUGUGUGGUAAAAUACUGCAACUGUUAGAGUCUGAUAUGAACAACAAAGUUGUGGUAUUUAAGUUUACUGGAGAAGGGAACAAUUCACAGCAUUAUCAAAACGACACUGAUCUGUUUCUGAACGCUUCAAUUGAAAGUGUAGAGGCGGUUAUGACAGAACUCAAAACUUUUGCUCAGUGCUCGGGGUGUAAAGCUAACAUCGACAAAACUAGAUGUAUUCCUUUAGGUCGAGCUCGUCUUAAUACAACUCUACUAGAAUCCCUUCAAAAAAACGGUCUCGCUAAAACCAACUGCCAUUUUACUCAAGACGUCCUUAAUUGUUACACUGAGUGGAAGAUAAGUUCGGUAAAUGCAGCCUUGGGUUCUAUUGAUCACUGCGUGUGGUACAAUCAAGCAAUAACCGACAUCGGGGCCAAACUUUGGAACAAUCAUCUGAUUGAUAAGGGAAUAUUUUACAUCUCAGAUUUCCUUUCUAUAGACCAAAGUACAAUCCUUAACUACGAUAUGUUCAUUAACAAGUGGGAGUUGUCUCCAAAUACUAUUUCCAAAACUGAGUACUUACAAGCUUUUAAUGAGGAUCACGACGUGUAG